AUGGCGACCUUCUUCCAGCCCGGCUUCGAGGAGUCCGGCGGCGUCACAAACUGCACUGUCAACGGGUUCGAGGUCUUCUGCAAUGCGAUCCUACCCUCCGACCGCCGCCUGGCGCACUGGUACCAGGGCUUCAGCAUAGUGUUCGCGGCUGUCACCUUCUGCAUCCCCAUCAUCCUGUAUGGCCUGUACAGAUUGAUCAAGAGACAGCGACGGCCGAAAGACUAUCAGCCCGUACGGACGAAACCGAAAGAGAGCGAGAAGGAGCGAGAUCGAAAAGCGGCGCGCAUGUCGAUGGCGUCCCGGAGGCAUACUCCAACGCAUUCCCGCCAGACGAGCUACGGCACGCGGUUGUCAUUCGCGACCCGCUUCUCCGACAGCCAGCCUCCCUCAUCGCAUGGCCACACGGCGCCGUCCAGCCUGGGCCACCACUCGCAUCCCUCGUACGCACCCUCCGAGUCCUCGUUGGGCACCUACAACACCGUCAGCCUGCGUCGCUUCACGCAGCAAGCGCGCGGAGCCUUCUCGUUCCGCAGAAACCGGGACGAUGACAGCACCGUGCUGUCUCACCGCGAUUCAUUCGCCAACCUCUCUCUCCGCGGUUCACUGAAGAACACCAAGUCGUUCACCGUCCUGAGUGACUUCGACUUCGACCUCGACUAUGCCGAGACGAACAAGGCCGACUUCGUCGUCUUCCCCCUGCACAUGCCGAAACGCGACUCGCGCGAGAUGCUAACCGGCUCGCCGCAGCUGCCGGGAAGUCCGGCUAUGACACCUUCAGACAUGAGCCAUACCUGGGGCACCAGUGUCCGCGGCAGCCCUCGCAUCGGUGCCAGCGGAGACUGGAGCGGCGCUCCGCGCCUCACCCAUGCACCCAGCUCGGACUGGAGCCACACCCUCUACUCCCCUCGGCCGGGGAGCGAGUGGAGCGCCGGGAACGGGCCGCAGAAGAUGAAGCUUGGCGCCGUUGACCUCGAGGACCUGACCGACGACGCCCUCUCACUAGCCAAUCUCGGCGACACUGUCGUUGACCUACUUGACCGCUUCGUGGAGCUGGAGCUGAACGGCUUUGCCUUGCGCGUCGCACCACGCUCGACCGCAGAGGAGAUCGACUCACUGGUGGACGCGCUGCACUAUCGCGGCGUCUCGAGCAUCGUGUGCAUCCACGAGCAGCAUCCCGCCCUGAACGAGCUGAACCUCGAGCUCCCUGCCGGUCUCAUCGUCGAGAACGCGUGCAUUCUGCCCUCUGGCGAGCCGAGGGACUUCUUCCAGGCCCGCCCGCUCCGCGACCUGAUGGCUGACUGCGCGCGCGAGCGCCAGAACCGGCCCGAGUUCUUCGUCGGCUUCCUGGAUCAAUGGGAGAACCGGCCGCAUCCCGCCGUCAUCCGUCGCGCGAUCAAGAUCGCCGAGCACUACGGCGCUGUCUUCGAGCACCGCCCACGUCUGCUCGGCUCCGCGCCCACUAGCACCCGCACAAUUGGUGGAUUCGAGUACCUUCGUCGACCGGAGAUUGUGGACCUACAGCGCUCAUGGGCGUCAGACUCGCGCCCCGUGGAACUCACACCGGCUGGCGAGCCGACACACCUCCCGCUUGCUGUCAUCGAGAGGGUCAUCCCCGGCGUUGGAGACUGUCUCGUCGAGAAGGACCUCCCUGAGGAACUUGCCAGACUGCAGUAUGAGGUGCCUCAGCUCGUGCCUGCGCCAGAGUACAUGGCAGCGUACCGCGAGGCCGACUUUUGGACGCAGGGCACGGACGGCGCUCAGCUGAGCGAGCACGGAUGCUUCCCGCUCUGCUCCGAGCCGCAUGAGGGACACUACGCCGCGAUUGUGGCCGAGCAGUCUCAGCUCCGCGCGCUCGGUAUGCUCUACCCCGUGCAGAACGCCGAGGAGCAGGCGAUCCUGUCGCAGCUACGCUCUCUCGCCGGUGACCCGAACGCCGAUAUUCUCCUGCACGAGCUGAUCCACGGCCUGAGUACGCGGACUAUCCGUAUCCACAAGGGACUGCAUUCGGGAUUCCGGGCUCCGGAUGCAAACGCCGCGUUCUGGGGCGUGUGCGCGCCCAGGCACGACCCGGCGGAUCCGUCCCCGAACCCCGUUUUCGACAUCUUCAUCUCCCAGUCGGCGCCGAAUGACGCCGCUGUCGUCCUCCACACCUGGCUCGCGCACCAUGGGCGAUCACGCGUCACGCGCCUUAUCCACGAGGUCGUCCUCGAGAACCUCACCGGCGGAGGACACCCGAGUGGCCUCCCCAACACGGUCCGCACCGCCCUCGAGGGCGCCAGCACCGCCGAGCUCCUCCUUAUUCUCCAGCAGCUCAGGCUGAGCGGCGAUGACACGCCUUUCGGCGCCCCGAUCCGCGCCUUCGCGACUGAGCUUCUCAUGGAUGGGACGAGCAAGACAACAUGGAUGAACAUGGUCGCCCGCCGCGCCCUCGACGGCAGCAUGAGCAUGCUCGAGAUCCUCUGUCUCAGGCUCGAGCAGCACGCGCGCGCCGGCGCCGUGCGCCUGCCCCUCAUCGCGGACCUCAUGAAGCUGUACCACGUUAUCGACGACGUCAUGAUCGACUCGCUAUACAAGGGCCAGCACAAGACGCUGAAGACACUCUCAAAGGCUCUCCUCCACGUCUACGGUCGCGAGCCAGCUCCGCCCGGCUCCGGCGAGCGCGUUGACGUCCAGGCCGACCUCUUCGCGCUCAUCUUCUUCACCUGUCUCCGCCGCGCCGCCUUCGAGGAUGUCUACCUCGAGAGUGUAGACCGCUGUCCCGUCUUCCUGCAGCAGGCGGACCAGGCUGCCGUCUUCUCCGAGCUCUGGACGCUCGGCUCGCAGUGCGAGAACUACUUUGGCGUCGUGCCCCGCGAGAUCGGAGAUAUCAUCUACCACCGCCGCCAGGGCCAGCUCGAGGCUCUCGGUGGGCCGAAGGCUGAGGACAGGCAGAACAACGAGAUCAUGACGAUGUACGCAUCUACGGACGACGCGCCCCCGAAGACCAAGGAGGCGAUCCUCCAGAUGCUCGCGGAGAGCAGCGUCGACGCCAAGCUGAGCUUGUUCGAGCGCUUCACUGUCUGGCGCAUGCGCUUCGCCGCCGCGAGCGCGAUGAGCAUCUUCUGUGCUCCCGCCAUCGUCGACGUUAUCCUUCUCACCUUUGUUGGACGCGGGCUCUUCAUGACGGCCUAUAUGGACACCGACAUGGUGCAGGCCGCCGGAUACGCGCUUCUCACUGCUCUCCUCCUUACCGCCGGUGUUACGGGCUGGGUCGGCAGCGCCGGAUCUCACUACCUCCCGCAUUACGCUUAUGACAACAUCAUCCUCUUCCACGUCCAGCGUCUUGCUGGUGGCUUCGUCCUCGCCGUUAUUGUCUCCGUUUUCGGCUGUAUUGGCUUUGCGGUCUCUGUCUCUGUCGCCUCCGGCUUCGUCUUCGCCGCCUACCUCAUUGGUAUCUCGACCUACCUCAACUUGCUCGGCAUCAUGAGCACGAUGCACCAGCACGGCUCUCCCCUCCCGUCGGGCCGCAACGUAUUCCUUCAGACGUUCCCAAUCCUCUUCAUCUCGCCCCUUCUCUCCUCUCUCGUCAACGGACAUGACCUCGAGAUCUACCUCCCGGUCAUGUACGGAUUCCUCGUCGUUGCUCUUCUACGCUACCGCCGUCUCUGCCACCAGUGGAGCGCCUGGAUGAAGAACAUCCCCGACUUCAAAGCCCAGGACAUAACGGACUGGUACACCUCCAAGGUGGCGGUUGAGAAGAAGGCGGACGACGUGGCCGCGCAGGCGCGCUCCGCGUUCGUUGCUGCCAUCGCGUCCUACCGCCGCCGCGACGCCGACAUGGUAAAGGACCCGCUUGUCGGCAAGGUCGCGCGUGGUAUGCCCUAUGUCGCCUGGUUGUUCAAGAAGGGCGGUGGCUCCCAGCCCGAGCCCUUCACAACUGCCUGGUUCACCGCGCUCGGUGAGGCAAUCUCUCAGCAGCGCCAGCUCUCUCGUGGCCUGAAGGACCACAGCGUCAUGGCCCUCUUCCGCGUGGCCCGGUACGAUCUCGGACAGAACCUCGGCCUGUUCCUCGUCGCUCUCCUCGACCGUUGGAUCAUGCUCGUCAUGGGCGCGCGCAAGCCGUAUCCCUCCAUCUACCUCGACCUGCGCUCGCGCUACGCCUUCUGUUUCUGCAUCGUCUACUUCUGUCUCGGCUCCAUGGUCCUCGACGCGACGCUGUUCAAGUAUUGGUCCAUCCGCGACGACCUGUCCCAGGAGAAACUCCUCGACCUCGCGCACGCCCAGCGCGUCGCCCGCGAGACUGACCGCAAGCGCAAAGAUUGCAUGCUCCAAGCCCUCGCCGACGUCGCCGGCAAGGUAUCGCUCGUCUUCGGCUCCAUGACGAUCCUCAUGUGGCUGUUCGUCGACAACUACAAGACCGUGAUCAUGUUCUACAUGUACAUGUUCGGCUACUCGUGCUGUCUCCUGUUCCAGUUCAACAGGUGCUUCACGACUAACGUGGCCGUCCACGUCCGCAUCAUCCUGUACUCGGCGGCCAUCGGUUUCCUCAUCGGCGUCCUCCUACACGCCCUUCCCUGGACGUGCGGGUUCCUGUACAACGACAUCAUCUGCCAGAACUUUGCCGCCGGUAUGGCUGCGCUCGGCACCUCCCUCUUCACGAUCAAGGACUGGUUUGGCUCCGCAUCUCCAUUGCUCUCGCCCACGAACGAGAACCCCGACCCGGUCUACGUCCAGCCCCGCCUCAUGACGCUGCCCACCGCGCGCAAGCCGGCUUGCAAGUCUGAGCUUCCGAAGAAGUUCACGCAGGCAACACUCUGGCACUCGGAUGGCACCGCGACCAGCUCUCACGUCAGCCGCAUCCUCGUCACGGCCCUGAACAGCGCGAGAGGUCGUACAUCGUGGUCAACGCGUGUAAUGCAGGAGGCACUCAACAUGUGGACCGGCGGCCGCAUGACUGUCGGCGUGCUGCCUCGUGACCAGUUCGACUCGGCGGGUCUCGGCGAGUUCUUCUCUAUCUCGUACCGCCGCAACCUCGGCCUCCACAUCGCAGUGUGCUUCUCCCAGAUGGACAUCACCCACACAAUGCUGCCCAACAUCGUCGCCGAGUGCAUCGUCUACCACGUCGCGCACGUCCAGCUCGGCCUUACCGACUCGCAGGCGCUCCAUGCCGAGUGCCUCCUGAACGGAAUUCUGAGCGUGCGCCUGCAGACGGACCUGGGCCAGGUGGAUGUGGAGGCGCUUGGCGCGCUCCCGCGCAAGUCGCGCAAGGACCUGAUGCGUGCCCUGUGUCUGGGCCGCGACGUCGAUACCGAGUGGCAGCACAUGCCUCCCGACGCGCGUGCAGCCAUUAUCGCGCGUAUCGAGGGCGAGCCGGCCAAGUUCUCCGCCGCGUUCACCAGCUGGUGCUCCCACGAUGAUGUUGACGUGCAGACGGCCGACUUUGGCGUCGAGCUCAACGUCGCGCUGUACCAGAACGCAGUCCACUUGCUCGGCUACGCAAACCCGCAGGACUACGAGGGCCCCGCGCGCCUCAUGUCCGUCCCCAUCGUGCAGGACCGCAAGCCUGCGUUCUGGAAGCGCCUCCAGCUGUUCCCGUAUGACGCGGUCAAGUGGAUUGCCAUCAUCAGUGGUGGAGGUUCCAACAUCGAGCGCGAGAUCUACUACCUUCUCCACGGCAAGCGCGUGCCCAUCGCCAUUGUCCUAGGCAUCUGGAAGUGCUGCUGGAGCGUGCAGAAGUUCUUCGUCUACUGGAUCUUGCUCUACCACCGCCCAGCGCUCGCGCGUAUUGCUCGCCUCGCUACCAAGGGCGCGCGCCGCAAGAUCAACCGCAACCGCAUCGUUGUUGAGCUCACACGCCGCUUUGUCACUGGCUUCGCGGCCGUCGAGGACGACGGUUCCAUGUCUCUCCAGGGCUGGGACGGGCUGCACGAGUACGACCCUGCCAAGGGUACGCCGCUCUUCGUUGCGAGCUACGACCGCGACUUCCGUCUGAUGUACCGCUCUGAGGGCGGUGCCGCGAUGGUCACGUACCACUACCCUGCUCGUGAGAAGAGGGGACGUCCCUCGCGCCGUCCGACCAGCGUCGAAGUCACGAACGCCGACCUUCACUCCGUGGGCUACUACGACAAGAAGGGCCGCGUGCUCCGCGGCAACCUCACGCUCGGUGAGCGCACGGACCUCACGUUCAAGUACCACUACAAGAAGGGGAACACUGGUGGCUCGCACCUGCUUCGUGCCGAUUACAGCCGAGGCGGCGACUCGCUCAGCGUAUUCUGGGGCAACCCCAUCGACACAGAGGACUACACGUGGGUACCGUCCAAGACUGUUGGCCUCAUCGUCCGCCGCAUCCAGGGACGCACAUACACGACCGAGUUCGACUACUCGCACCGCCGCGACCCCGUCGCUACAACGUACCUCGAGGAGGGCAAUGGGCGGCGCACGGCGCUGACCGAGGCACCCGAGUGCUGGCCGGGCGAGAAGGUGCUGCUCUCGAUGCCGAGCAACCACAGCUUCGAGGCGGACGAUCUCCUCAACGAGCACUCGGCGCUUCAGCUGGGCCAGAUGCGCGCGUACGCGCGCACGAACAAGAAGUCGCUGCACCCCGCUCGCUGGCUCUCCCUCUGGCGCAGGAGGAAGUACACUCCCGUCCCUACCUGGCGUGUCCGUACCGAGCUCUGGAACCAGUGGCUUCAGAACACGGACCUCGACGCUGUCACGGCUUGCACUGUCGACGAGAUCAUUCUGCGUGAGGAGCCGCUGCUGCGCCCUUAUUGGCGCGCGCGCGACCGCGGACGUCUCCCAGAAGCUCGCAAGCUGCUCGACGAGAACAUCAGCCAGAUCGUCAGCGCCAUCGACAUCGAGACGGAUGUGUCCGAGAAGACCCUGCUGGCUAUUCGCACGUCCGACCUCUACGCCAUGGGUCUCGCGCAGGACGCGAACGCGGUUACCUCCCGCCCCCAGGACUGCUACCACGACACGCACGACCGCAUCUCGGUCAUCUUCAACGACAUUGGAUGCUGGCCUGUCGCGCCGGGAGGUGUGUCCAACUGUCGUCGCGACCUCGUCAACGGCCACAGCACUAUUCGCAACCACGUCCUCGCCGAGUGUGCCAACGAUUACGGUAUCCCCCGCUUCCAGGUCGAGAAGUCGGUGCAGUCGCUCAAGCUGCUCCCGCUCUGGGGCCUCGAUGGUGGAACCGCCCGCCACGGUGUCAUCGACAACUACCUCGAGUCCCAAGUCGACGCCAAGGUGCAGGACACUGACCUGGAUCGCGACAUCGUGGGCACCUUCGUGCCGCUGCUCGACGCCUUCGUCAAGGGCUGCCGGAUGAAGCGUCUCGGCUACGACGACCUGCUCCACCUCUCCAACGUUUUCCUCUCGUUCGGCAAGUACUAUGAGCUCAAGGACUACACCCUCACCUGGCGCUCGCCCGAGGUCGAGCAGGCGUGGAUUGCGGCGUGGAUGCGCUCGUACGACGACCCCAACAUCGCCGACCCGACCGAGUGCUUCGACAUCUCUCGCCCGUCUAUGUUCGACUUCCGCCAAGCGCUGUACAUCUACCUCGCUUACUUCUUCAUCUUCUCGGUCGGCGUGCCAGAGCGCUGCCCCCGCGUCUUCCAGAGCACGCACCACGGCAUCUCCUCGCUCUUCGGUAUGGUGCUCAAGUACCGCCGCGGCGUGACCUUCGGCAUCUGGGAUCACGCGAUCCUGUGGCGCGAGUCGUGUCUCAACUUCUCGGUCGCCCAGUGUCAGCUCCCCGUCGCCGUGCAGAACAUGCUCCUCGCCGGCAUCGGCGUCGCGACCCGCCUCGCCUACUUCCACGCCGACGUUAUCCUCCCCUGUGCGUCGCUGUUCAACCCGAUGUGGGAGACCGAGCUCGGCUCGGACGGCUCGCGCAUUUGCGCCCGCAACACGUUCCACCGCAAGAUCGACCCGAUCGUCAACGGUAUCUCGAACAUGGAGUCCUUCACGCCAGUCGACAAGGUGCGCACCGAGAUCCCCACUGUGGUGAUGCUCUCCAACGUGCAGUUCAUCAAGGGCGUCAAGGUCGCGAUUCAGGCUGCCGACAUCAUCAUCAACAAGUUUGGCUUCAAGGACUACCGCCUCGUCGUCUACGGCGCCAAGGACAGGCAGCCGUCUUACUGCCUCGAGAUGGAGAAGCUCAUCGUCGACAACAACCUGACCGAACACGUCGUGCUCGCGGGUUUCGGAAAACCGAGCGAGGUCCUGAAGGACGCGUGGCUGUUCAUGAACUCAUCCAUUUCCGAGGGUCUACCGCUCGCCAUUGGCGAGGCGGCGCUUGCCGGCGUGCCCAUUGUCGCGACCGAGGUCGGCGCCACGGCGCUCGUGCUCACCGACCCUGCAAACCCUGAGCAGCGUUACGGCGAGGUCGUCCCUCCCAACGACGCGCUUGGACUGGCGCGCGCACAGAUCGCGAUCCUGUCCAUGUCCGGCCCAUGGGCCAAGUUCACCGACUACGGCGAGGGUCCCCCACUUCCCGAUGUCAUCACGCCAGGCGAGGACGUCGAGAAGCUCACGCAGCGCUUCUACAAGUUUGCCGAAGACAGGCGCAAACUCGGCCUCCUCUCUCGCGAGGUCGUCCUCCACUCGUUCCACGGAAGCAGGUACCUCCGCGAACACGAGCAGAUGUACUGGAUCCAGUGGCAUCUCGCGCAGAUGCGCGCGAACAAGCAGCUCAAGGCCAAGCCGUUCAGAUUCGGCGCGCCGGAGCAUCUCAGAUACAUCGAAUAA